CCGAAAAAGAAAAUUUGCUUGCUGGCUUGAAUCCAUAGCCUGCUUACCGAAUCCUUUGCUUCGGCGGGAUCCCCUUUCAUCUUUUCCCCUUCCAUAACCAAAUCCAGCUCGUGCUACUAGAUUCAUCUUCUCACGCACAAAAUACGAGUGGAAAAUGUUGCUCGCCGUCCUGAUCGCAAAUUCGGAAGGCAAUAUUCUUGUCGAACGUUUUAACGGUGUUCCAGCAGAGGAACGUUUGCAUUGGAGAUCUUUCUUAGUGAAAUUGGGAGUGGAUAAUCUUAGAGGAGUCAAGAAUGAGGAGCUCCUUGUUGCUAAUCACAAGUCGGUGUAUAUUGUAUACACAGUGCUUGGUGAUGUCAGUAUAUUCGUUGUUGGCAAGGAUGAAUAUGACGAACUUGCCUUGUCAGAAGCUAUCUUUGUUAUAACCUCAGCCCUGAAGGAUGUAUGUGGAAAACCUCCAACUGAACGCCUUUUCCUUGACAAAUAUGGUAAAAUAUGCUUGUGCCUGGAUGAGAUUGUCUGGAAGGGUCUGCUGGAGAACACAGAUAAAGACAGAAUCAAGAGACUUAUACGGUUGAAACCACCAACUGACUUCUAAUCCCCUGGUGUACAAAGGAAAAGGGCCUCCCUUAUUGCUACAGUUGCUGCGUGGAUGCACACUUAUGGGUUUAUCUCGUAAUGCUCUCUACAGAUUGUUUCUGGCUAUCGGACUGUAUUCAUGUGGUUGUAGCUGUUGUUGCAUAUUAGUUUUGUGUUCUAAUAUUAGUUUAAUCUUGCCAUACCUUUAGAUUUUGUGGAAGCUUGCAAGUUUCUUCAAAGAAUCUUAUGGCAUUUCAAGUGUUUGGCUUGCUUUU